AUGGAGACGGUUGCAUCUACUCGCAUUCAGCUCCUGCAUCGCCUGAAGUGGCCCAAGCGGCCAUCGAUGCGUGGUCGACAGACAUCAAAGCGAAUCCGCCGAGAGAGGUCACCGAGGCUGCCCCGUCUUCUGAGGCUUCAUCCGAAGAGCCACGCCGGAAGUCAGUGUCUAGGACCACAUCCUGCACAAGGCCUCGUGCCCCGAAACCCGCAGCAGGUCGACCAGCUUCGUCGAGAGUGUCACGUGCCCAAUCCUCGAAGCAAAAGCCUACUCUGCCGCAAAUGGCUUUUUUGGGCAUUCCACCGGACCUUGGCUGCGGAGGCAAAGAUCGGCCUUUGUCAGGAGGGAUAG